AUGUCUUCCAGGAGCGGGGACUCGGACAUCCAUCCAGAUCGCAUCCAAGCCCGCGAGGACCAAUACCGUCGCGACAGCCAAGCCAGAUACCAGUCCCCAGUCAGGAACAGAAGCUUCGAUGUGACCGAUCUCGGCGCCAUCGGUGCCCUCUUUGAUGUGCCUGAGGAUGAGUCUUGGCCUCCCAGCCUAGAGCUCACCGACCACGACGCCCUGUCUGACAGUGCCAACCUCACAAAGAUGACCACAGAUACUAGCAUGGAUGUACGAAGGAACUCGUAUCCUCAGACGCUCUGA